AUGCGGUGGGCAGGUACUAUUCGAACGGGAUUGGUGGCGGCGGCGGGGGGCCACCUAAGGGUGGCUUUCCGUCGUUUAGCAUGGGCCCGCAACACCAAAAAGAGCGUGGAUUUGACGGAACUGGCAAAGGAGGGGAAGCUUGAUCCUACCAUUGGUAGAGAUGACGAGAUUCGGAGGACAAUACAGAUUUUGUCACGGAGGACCAAGUCAAACCCAGUGCUAAUAGGCCCCCCAGGCGUCGGAAAGACAGCCAUCCUCGAAGGUCUCGCGAGCCGUAUCGUGGCGAAGGAAGUUCCAGAGUCCCUUCACAACAAACGUGUCCUGUCAAUAGACUUGUCCGCUAUCAUGGCAGGCUCAGGGAUCCGAGGACAGUUUGAGGAAAAGUUCAAGGCUCUUCUGAGGGACAUCGAGGACGAGGGCCGACAAGUCAUUUGCUUCAUCGACGAAGUCCACACCCUUUUCAACCUCGGCAAAUCGGAAGGAAGCAUCGACGCAGGACAGAUGAUUAAACCGGCGUUGGCUAGAGGGCUGCAGUUGGUUGGGGCUACUACACCCGACGAAUACCGCAAAACAAUAUCCAAAGACGCCGCACUCGAACGCCGGUUCCAGCCCGUCACUAUCGACGAACCCACGGUGUCUUCCACUAUCUCAAUUCUGAGAGGUUUGAAGCCGCGGUAUGAGGUACAUCAUGGGGUGGAGAUUUCGGACGGGGCUUUAGUCACCGCUGCAGUCUAUUCAGCACGCUAUAUCUCCGACCGGUUCCUACCUGACAAAGCCAUCGAUUUGGUAGACGAAGCCGCCUCGGCCCUCCGUCUGGCGCAGGAGAGCAAGCCGGACGAGUUGGAGUCCCUAGAGCGGGAGAUAAUGACGCUCCAGAUCGAACUGGAGAGCUUGAAGAACGAAAGUGACACCUUCAGCGUGGAGCGGAGGAACAAAGUCGAGCAGGAGCUGAAGGAGAAGAGGGAAGAAGCUGCUGCUUUGACUGGGGUCUGGCAGACUGAAAGAGCUCGGCUGGACAAGAUCAAAGACGUCAAGCGUAGACUAGAAGAAGCCAAGCACCAAUUGGACGUGGCACAGCGACAGGGCCAGUUCGAGCUCGCCUCGCGCCUGCGGUUCUCUACCAUUCCCGAGCUGCAGCGCCAACUUCCUGUGGAGGGGGACCAGGCGAAUAGGGAUGAGGAGUCGCCGUUGGCGAUGCUUCAUGAUAGGGUGACGUCGAACGAUAUUUCGAGGGUGGUGGCGAAGGCAACGGGGAUACCGGUGCAGAAUUUGUUGAAGGGGGAGAGGGAUAAGUUGGUCCAUAUGGAAGAGUCUCUGGCAGCGAGGGUCGUUGGGCAAGAUCACGUAGUGUCAGCAAUAAGCGACGCCGUGCGCAUCUCCCGUGCGGGCCUGCAAGCACCCAAUCGACCCGUGGCGUCGUUCUUGUUUUUGGGUCCGACGGGUGUGGGUAAGACCGAACUUUGCAAAGCUCUCGCGGCCUUCUUGUUCAAUGAUGAGCAAAGGGGGUUGAUCACGAUCAAUAUGUCCGAGUAUCAUGACCGACACACCAUUUCGCGUUUGAUUGGUGCUGCACCUGGAUAUGUCGGAUUCGAGGAAGGCGGCCAACUCACGGAAGCCGUUCGGCGGAAACCCUAUGCUGUCAUUCUGCUCGACGAGUUGGAGAAGGCACAUAAGGACGUUUCCAUGAUCCUCCUGCAAAUCCUCGAUGAGGGUGUUAUUACCGAUAGUCAAGGGCGUAAGGUCGAUUUCAAGAAUACAAUUAUAUGUUUGACAAGUAACCUUGGCAGCGACAUCCUGGCGCACACCUCUGCAUGCGACCCCAAAACUGGAAUCGUCACUCCAGAAGCAAGGAAUGAAGUAAUGGAGCGAACACAAGAGUACUUCCCCCCGGAACUCCUCAACCGGCUCGACACAACCCUCGUCUUCAAUAAGCUCUCCCGUGAAUCCAUUCUGGCCGUUGUCUCCCUCCGUCUCGACGACGUUGCGCACCGGCUGAAGAACCGGAGGAUCUCACUCGACGUGGACGGCGCGAGCAAGGACUGGCUCGCGCAGCAUGGGUAUUCAGAGAUCUAUGGUGCCAGGGCGAUUGCGCGUGUCGUGAGGACGGACGUAUUGUUCCCUUUGGCGAGAAAGCUGUUGAGGGGAACUAUUAGGGACGGCGAUGUGGUGAAGAUCCGGGUGGCGGAAUCCGGGGUCGUUCUGGAGAUCAAGGAGAAUCAUCCCCCUGAUCCGUCUCUUGUGAGACCGGAUUCUGAAGUUAACCCUGAGGAGAACCCGCCUCUUGAUUUUGAGGAGGGUAAAGAUUAA